ACAAACAAAACUGCUAGCACAUCCAGCAGCAGCAACAGUCAAAAUGUUCGUAGUUAGAGUCACUUGUACACUUCCAUCAUCCAUGUGGUAGUUUCUUCACAAUUCCCCACUAGCAAAAGCACAACUUUCAAUUCAAUAUCUGCAUUUCAAAUAUUCCUUUUCUUUUGUAAUAUAUAUAUACACACAAUUUUUGUGUCCCAUUCAAAAGAAAGCAAGAGAAAGAGACCGAGAUAUGGCGCUCAGGCUUAGCUCCGGCGAUAUUUCUGGUUUCAAGUUUUUAAUUUCUUUAGCCAUUAUGUACGGUCUAAUGUCAGUGGCUGUUUACUAUAUUAUUCACAUGAAGUUUAUUACGCCACUUGAUAUCGAUGCUCCUCUUGAUCGAUUCUCCGAGGCUAGAGCUGUUGAACAUGUUCGAGUUUUAGCUCAAGAUGGUCGUCAAGAAGGGCGUCCUGGAUUAAGAGAAGCUGCUAUCUAUAUUAGAACACAAUUGGAAAUGAUAAAGGAUAGAGCUGGAUCAGACUUCAGAGUUGAGAUUGAAGAGGAGGUUGUUAAUGGCUCUUUCAAUAUGAUAUUUUUAGGACACAGUAUAUCUUUGGGAUAUAGAAACCAUACAAACAUUGUUAUGAGGAUAUCAUCUGUAGAUUCAAAAGACACUGAUCCAUCAGUUUUAAUUAAUGGCCAUUUUGAUAGUCCACUUGGUUCACCGGGAGCUGGUGAUUGUGGUUCAUGUGUUGCAUCAAUGCUGGAACUAGCAAGAGUUAUUACAGACUCUGGUUGGGUCCCUCCUCGGCCCAUUAUUUUUCUGUUUAAUGGCGCAGAAGAACUUUUUAUGUUGGGUGCACAUGGCUUCAUGAAGACAUAUAAAUGGCGCAAUUCAAUAGGAGCUUCUAUUAAUGUGGAAGCAUCUGGCUCUGGAGGUCCUGACUUAGUCUGCCAAUCUGGGCCUGGUGCUUGGCCUUCUCUAGUCUAUGCUCAAUCUGCAAUAUAUCCCAUGGCACAUAGUGCUGCUCAGGAUGUUUUUCCUGUUAUUCCUGGAGAUACAGAUUACAGAAUGUUUUCCCAAGAUUACGGAAAUAUUCCCAGCCUUGAUAUUAUCUUUCUUCUUGGUGGUUAUUACUACCAUACCUCUUAUGAUACGUUGGACAAAUUAUUACCUGGAAGCAUGCAAGCACGUGGAGAUAAUCUACUAAGCAUACUUAAAGCUUUUACAAAUUCUUCUAAGUUACGAACUGCCCAAGAAAGAGAAUCCCUUAGAGCUACUUCCAAUGACUACAAGGAUGAGCGAGCUGUUUUCUUUGAUUACUUAUCAUGGUUCAUGAUAUUCUAUUCAAGAAGGGUUUCGUUGGUACUUCAUAGCAUUCCCAUUGCUAUCUUUUUUGUUAUGCCAUUCUUUUUGCGUUUAUUGGAUUCAGGGUUACAAUCUUCAUUUGCAACCUUCUAUGAUUUUGUGAAAGGAUUUCUUUUACAUGCUUCUGGGAUUCUGUUGGCAAUUGCUUUGCCAGUUAUCUUUUCCAUUGUGAGAUUGUUCUUCUCUAGUCAUGCAAUGAACUGGUUUGCUCAUCCAUUUUUGGCUUUCAUGAUGUUCAUUCCCUGCUCACUUAUUGGUUUGUUGAUUCCAAGAAUUGUUUGGAAUUCUUUUCCCCUCUCUCAAGAUGUUUCAGUUCUCAAGAAACCAAAGGAGGCACUAUCUAAUGAAGCUCGGUUUUGGGGAGCAUACGGUUUUUAUGCUUGCUUAACUUUGGCUUAUCUUGCAGCUGGCCUAAGUGGAGGGUUCCUGACCUUUUUGGUGUCAGCUUUUAUGCUUCCUGCAUGGAUCUGCUUUAACCUUUAUAUAAAGUCUUAUGGUCAUCAACCACUCAGGUCUGCAGUCAUCUAUAUAAUACCUCUAAUUCCAUGUCUCAUUUACUCAGUAUAUUUUGGUGGAUUUCUUGCCCAAUUUUUGAUUGAGAAGAUGGGUAUGAUGGGUGCUGUUCCUCCACCUUAUGGAUAUUAUAUUACUGAUAUUGUAGUGGCAGCAAUAAUUGGGGUUGUAACUGGUUGGUGUGUGGGACCUCUAGUACCUAUUUGUGGCCAUUGGCUGGCUAGGUCCUCCAUCAUGCAGUUCUUGCUGCAUGUUAGCGUGCUUGCAUUGGCUCUCUCAUCACAGUUUUUUCCCUACAGCAACACUGCGCCUAAGAGGGUUGUUUUUCAGCAUACAAUUGUUACUGCAGAUGCAAAUGGGGUCGUGGACUGCAGUUAUGAUUUUUCUGUUGUGGAUUCAAAUUCAUUACUUUUUCUUUUUAAAUAUGCGCCUGAAGUGGCAAAGGACUUGCACAUUGGUUCAGAUUUUUCUUUUGAAACUGCUAAAUUGUCUCACCGAGAGACUUGGAUGGCCCUGUUUCCUGUAUCUCUUUUGUUCUCAAGAAGUUUGAAGUUCCCUGCUAGGAGUGAUGACAUUUCGAAGCAAUAUAGAUCUUUCCCGUACUUGUCUAACUACAAGGCUCAUACAAUUGCUAGUGAGGGAACUCGGAGAGUUUACUUGGAACUUUCCUUAGGCAACUUAGAGGAGGUCUGGGUUGCUGUCCUUAACAUUACUGGUCCCUUAUCGAGUUGGUCGCUUGCAGACAAUAAACUUCCAGCUCCUGAAGCAGUUGAUGGUGGUCCCCUGUCAUAUAUAUGUAGACUUAGCGGAGCUAGUGAUGAUAAAUGGAGAUUCUGGUUAGAGGCUAACAGUUCUAACGAUUUAAGGGUGGAACUUGCUGUGAUAGACCAAGUUUUGUCUGAUGGAGCUAAAAAUCUGAAGGGCCUUUUCCCCGACUGGGUAGACGUGACAGCAUAUUCUAGCUUUAUGUCCAGCUAUAUCUUUUAAUUUGUUUUAUGCAUUGCAGAGGACAUGUACUGGUGGACCAUACAUUGAUUUGAAAGCAAAAAAGUUUUCCCAGAUCAUAACAAAUCACAGUUUUGGAAUUCGUUGGCAGCAUUGGCUUAUGUUUUCGAUCAAAUCACUUAAAAACGCAUUACUGAGGCUGGUUUAUUGGUAAACAUGUUUAUCAUACGCUUAAGUUUGCUUUGGAAUAUUGUAUUUUGAAUUUGCUGAAUGCAUCUAUAUCUUUUUCUAUUAAAGACAA